AGGUAUCGUUUUGUAUUUUUCUGCCAGGGAUGGGCCAGAUUGAGAAGGGCGGUACAAGGGUGGGACUUGGUGUUGGUGUUUUGGAACAUCAAAGAUGGACAGGGUUUUCGCAGAGGUCGCUCCUCAGAUAUCUCCACAACUACAGAUUGGGGAUCUUCCAAAAUCAAGAAGAUUGGUGCAUGCGGCUAGGUCUCUUCACCUUACAAUUUAUAUGGCAAUUUGGCCCGGGGUUGUGGUGUGGUAGGGGAGAAUGGGGGAUAAUCCCACGCAGGAGUUCCGAACAACGUCUGGUUCACAUUUGGCUGGAUAACUCCACCACCACACGGGGUAUGCGGUCGGCGAUGGGGUCAAAAUGCUCGUAUGAUCGAGGGCUUUUCGAUGGAUCUAUCGGCGGGUUCUUAUUCGAAAAAUCGAGCGAGUUCGUGGUGGAGCGGUGUCUUCAUUUCUUUGUUUCUGCAGAGUUGAUUUCUGUUAUAAACAGUUUGUAA